AUGGCUUGUGCAUCCAAUGAGCCCCAGGCCGAGCCAUGCAACUUCUUUCUACUCCCUACUAGUACCAGCUCCGGAUCUCCUUGCCUUGUUGACGUCGUCGACAAGAUCCAAACGCGCCAGAUACACCAAAAAGCCCAUACGCUGAACUACCUCAUCCAACGCCAUGAUCUCGAACGAACCCUCGAUAAAACAUGUAGCAUCGCCGACACGAGUCUAUCGACAAUGGCCGGACUCGCUGCGGACAUCAGUCAGGCUUUGGACCUAAUCCUACGCCAUGGGCUGCUGCAUGGUGCUUCAUCGUCCAAAGCCAACGUCGUGUCAAGAUCAAGAACAAGGUCCAAGUCUCUGCGUCCCAAAAAGGUGCUGUCCAGGCCUUGA